UUGCGAACAAUGGCAGAUACUCAGAUUUAAUUUUCAAAUUUGUAGGUCUAAAUUUUAAGUGAAAUCAAAAAAUAAGAAAUUUUACAUAAACCGGUGCAUUUUAGCUGGCAAAGAUUACGCUAUCUCCAAUAUUUAAACACUAUUCGUAAUAAAACAAUUAGAUGACGUUUGGCAAUGAGAGCAGCAGUAUCCUUGUUGCGUAAUCAUUUUGGUUUCGCACACUUACACGUCAAGUCAGCACAAUUCGAGAAGUAUCGCUUUAAUCCACUCAAAGGCAAACCAUUGGAAUCUGUUAAGCCCUCCAGCCACAACGAAUACAGCAAGCCAAAAUGCCGUUUCAUGCAGUACAUACGAGCCGGCGAUACCGCCAAACAUUUGGGCAUGGUUUCUGAGAAUGGUUCCAAAAUGAUCGAGUUGUCGACCAUGACUUGUGCCUCACCAGAGAUGAUGCAGUUCAUCCAGCAACGUUACUGCAUGGACAGCCUGCUCGAUAGCUCCCAGUUUAUGGAAGUGAACGAUGUGAUGGACGAUCUGCGACUAUUGCCGCCACUUGAAGCGCCAGGCAAAAUAAUUGGCGUUACAUCCAACUACUACGACAGUUGCAAUGAACAGAAAGUUAAUAUUCCCAAAUAUCCGGAAUUUUUUGUGAAAUUCAACACUGCAGUAACUGGAGCAUUGGAUAACAUACGUGCUCAUCACAUAGCCAAGCGGAUUGAUUACGGCUGCCAAUUGGCCGUUGUCAUUGGUAGCAAGUGUCGCAAUGUGCCGCGUCUCUCGGCUAUGGGUUGUGUUUUUGGUUAUACGAUUGCACAGGAUAUCACCGCCCGGGAUUGGAAUGUCCUGAUGGGUGGUCAAACGUUGUUGAGUAAAUCGCUGGAUUCGUUUUGUCCGUUGGGUUCGGUUAUUGUGCACAAAUGUCAUGUACCCGAUGUGAAUAAUUUGUGGAUUAAGACACUGGUCAAUGGCGAGCAACGCCAGUGCGGCAACACACGUAAUAUGAUCUUCAAGAUCGACAAUAUUAUACAUCGACUGUCACAAUUCAUGACUCUCUGUCCUGGUGACAUUAUUUUAACUGGAACGCCCGCUGGAGUCGGCGCUCAUCGCUCACCAUCGUGCUUUCUUAAACCGGGUGAUCUUGUCGAGAGUGAAAUACAGAAAUUAGGUAAAAUGCGUAAUAAAGUUGUUAAUCCGUAUGCUUAAGCACUAAGAAACCAA